UGACUGGUCGGCAACUCAAUAGAUUGAGUGACACAACACACACACACUUAAGCAUUGAAUUGAAUACUAUUUUUGUGUUUUUUAUUGUAAGUAAAAAUAAAUUUAAGUUUCGAUUAAAGUGACAAUUAAUUUAAAUUCUGUUUGAGAGUUUUUUGUCGCGACAUAUAAACAAUGGGUGACAGCGAUGACGACUUUCCCGAUCGGCGCGGAAGUGGUAGAGAUAAGUUCAGACGCGAGAGAAGCGACUACAACGACCGGAACUCAUCAAACAAUAGGACCCGAGAGGAUUGGACCGAUCGUCGCGAGAGUGGCGGUGCCGGCGGAGGCGGUUCGUGGGGUAACCAGAAUAGAGACCGUAAUAAUCAACGGCGCGAUAACUAUCGCGACAACUACUCGUUAGGUCAAACCGUUAAUCAGCGUCGCGACCGCUAUAGUCCGGCCGAUCGCAGCAACGAUAUGAGUCCACCGAUGAAACGGAUGAGAAGCGCUCGCGAUUGGGAGGACAGGACUCCAUAUCCUAACUAUGAUAUGGGCGCCGGCUAUGGUGGUCAUCACAACUCGACUAAUUGGAGCCAUACAGACAAUAGUGGACCUAAUCAUCAAAAUCAACACCGUGAGGGCGAUACCGGUCCCACUCAACCAGCUAUGAUGACAUUCAAGCAUUUCUUGGGCACUCAAGAUGAUGGCAUUGAUGACCAAAUUGCUGUUAAGAAGUAUAAUGAAUACAAAUUGGAUUUUAAGAAGAGACAAAUACUUGAGUUUUUUAACGCUCAUAAAGACGAGGAAUGGUUUCGGAGCAAAUAUCAUCCGGAAGAGUUUGAAAAGCGUAAACAAGAACAGUCUGCAGCACUCAAGAAACGAUUGGAUGUCUUCCUCGACUUAUUGGCUAAUAAUUGGAUCGAUUCGGUCAGUAUUGAUGUCGAAAAGGCGAGUCAAAUCAUUCGGUUAUUAGACGCGGCUGUUAUUAAGCUCGAAGACGGAACCGAUUUUGAUCUGAAAUCGUUGGACGAAAAUUUUGAUGAACCGAAAUCUUCUGAACCUGAUUUGUCAUUGUUUGCGGUCGAAGUUGAAAAACCAGUUAAACCAGUGUCCGAUAAAAGCGAGAAAGAAGCGGGAGAAGAGUCGGAUAACGAUGAUGUCAAUAAUGAUAAUGAAAACGCCACCGACAAUGAACCAAAAGAAGAGAAAGAAGUCACCGAAAAGGAUAACGAUAUUGAUAUUAAACCAGAAGCUGGAGAUUCAAUGGCCAGUCUUGAAGAAGGAGAGGCAUCGAUGGAUGCAACCAGUGAUGUAAAGACAGAAGAAGAUGUGGAAUCUAAAGUAAAGACUGAAGAUGAACAGGAAGACUUGACACCGAAAGCUAAUAAUAAUACUAAUAAUAAUAAUAAUAAUAAAAUGGAUGACUCAGAAAAACCACGAGCUCUUCAUAAAACUUUGUCAGUAUUUAUGCGUAAUCUCGCGCCGUCUAUAUUAAGACAAGAGAUAGAAGAGUUGUGCGGUCGUUAUCCCGGUUUCUUACGUCUUUGUAUCGCUGAUCCUACAUCUGAGCGACGAUUUUUCCGUAGAGGUUGGGCAGCAUAUGAUCGAUCGGUUAAUAUUCGUGAGAUUUGUUGGUCAUUGAAUAGCAUUAAAUUGAGAGACACAGAACUCAAUGUAAUUGUAAAUCGAGAUUUGAAUCGACGAAUUCGUUCGGUUAAUGGCAUCGCUUCCCAUAAGAAUGUAGUUCGCGCUGAUAUAAGACACGCGGCAAAGAUUGUCCUUAAUUUAGAUAAACAAAAGAAGCUCUGGGAAGACGAAACUAAUGAUAACAAAGAACUAACAGAAUCUAAGCCUAUGUUUGGAUUUACAUCGAAAAAUCCUUUACUUAAGAAUAUAACUGAUUAUCUAAUCGAAGAAGCGUCGGCUGAAGAGGAAGAACUUUUGGGCACAUCAGAGAUCGGUGAAGUCGAAGAUGGAGAGGAAGGACAGAACAAUGGUCCAGCACUUGAUAGAGACGAGAAUUUGAUUAAAGUUUUGGAUCGAUUGCUGUUAUAUUUACGAAUUGUUCAUUCAGUCGACUAUUACAAUCAUUCAGACUAUCCCAAUGAAGAUGAAAUGCCUAAUAGAAUAGGUAUAAUGCAUGCCAGAGGAAUGUCAUCAACGGCCAGUCGAGUUACACAACAAGAGAUCAAUGAGUACACGAAAAACUUUGAGACAAAGAUACAGCCAUAUCUUUUGCCGCCAACAGUUGUUACCGAAGAAGAAGCUCAAAAGUUAGGUCUUAAAGAUACCGAAGUCGAGGCCGAAAAUUUUAUCAAAGCUAAUAUCCAAGAGAUUUCUAAAGACAAAUGGCUUUGUCCUCUCUCGGGAAAGAAGUUUAAAGGACCAGAUUUUGUGCGAAAACAUAUUCUUAAUAAACACAACGACAACAUUGAAGAGGCAAAACAAAUUGCUGUUUAUUAUAAUAACUAUGUAUUUGAUCCCAAGAGACCACAACUCCCUGAACAUCCCAGUAAUAGGCCUCAAACUAACACAAAUCGUGGAGAUGGUAAUAGCAUGGGAAUGGGAGGUGCUAUGUCUCAUGGAUAUAUGCCGCACGGUCCCGGCCCUUAUCCGCCACUACCAUAUAUGGCUCCUGGCUAUGGCCCGAGAGGUCCUCCAAUGAUGGGUCCUAUGAUGGGUUAUGGCAGAGGCUACCCACCGAUGGGCGGUCCGAUGCACGACGGAUAUGGCAGAGGACUUAUGGGUCAACCGCAACAACAAAAGCCUAGAUUUACGCGAAAGCGAAUCAAUUAUCGAGAUCUCGACGCUCCCAAUGAUGACAACACUGACUUCAACUAAGAUUAAAAGAUAACUUCUUCUAGCAAUACAUAAUUGCUUUUCAAAUCAAAUCACUUGAAUCGAUGUCUCCUUUUAUUUUGUUUCUCUCUGUCUAUUAUCAGUUGACUAUUACCUAACGUUAAGAAAAUAGUCGUUUAUUGAUAUUAUAAUUAUUAUUUAAUUUAGAU